AAGCAUAAUUUAGCCGUCAUGCAAGUUGUUUACCCUCAAAAUAACACAGUUAAAUUUGUAGACGUGACUCAAAGACAGAGAUUGAAAUGACUAAACGAUUGGAUUGUUGUAAUAGACAUACAAUUGUAUUUUAGAACUUUAUAGGUAAGUGCCCUUUUUGCACAUAAAUGUAUCAUGUUGAAGUAAACUUAAAAUCUAUUUUAAAUUUUUGGCUUUAGACCACCCAUUCUAUUGACUCAGCACCUGCAUGAGGAACAUUAUUUCAGCGUCAAGCAUUUCGAGUCAUUCUAACGUCCAAAAGUAUUUCUCUUAUGCUUCGAAACUUCGCUUAUCAACCUCCCCUAUAAAUCUUGUAUCCCACCAAACUUUUCAUGGACAAAACAUCAAACACCAAAGGCUCAUUCAGUUACUUCAAGAACCAGAUAGGGUUCAAUCCCUCGAAGCCGCCAAAGCUCUUCACGCACUCACCAUCACAAUGGGGCCAGACCCAACUCAACCAUUUUUGGCAAAUAACACCAUCAUGUCAAAGUAUUCUACAUUCGGCGAUAUCCGCAUUGCACGCCAUGUGUUUGAUAAUAUGUCUAAGAGAAGUGUUGCGUCAUAUAAUACAAUAAUAAGUGCUUAUAGUCGCAAUGGAAGUUUAUUUGAGGCUUGGAAAUUGUUUUCUGAGAUGAGGGGUUGUGGAUAUCUACCGACUCAGUUUACUUUUGGUGGGAUUUUGGGUUGUGAGUUCUUGGAUAUUUUUCAAGGAUUUCAGUUGCAAGCAUUGGCAGAAAAAUUUGGUCUUUUUUAUGUUGAUGCCGUCACAGGGACUGCAUUAUUGGGUUUACUUGGUAGGCAAGGAUGCUUAGAUGAAGCUAUGCAGUUUUUCGACGAAAUGCCUAAAAAGAAUUUGGUGACCUUGAAUUGUAUGAUAUCGUUGCUUGGAAAAUAUGAAUGUGUUGAGGAGUCCAUGAUGGUGUUAAGGAAGUUAAUAAGGAGUGGAAUGGAUCCUUCCGAGAGCACUUUCGUGGGUAUAUUGGCUGGUUUUGUUGGGGAACUUGAUUUAAUAUUAGGGGAACAAGUACAUGGGAUGGUAGUGAAAAAUGGAUUGAAUUUUUCUGUUUCAAUGAGUAAUUCAUUGAUUAACUUGUAUGCAAAAUGCUCUGACAUACGCAUGGCAGAGAAGAUGUUUGAGGAUGUUCCUGUUAAGGAUGUUGUGUCGUGGAAUACUAUGGUUGGUGCAAUGGCGAAAAGUGAAAGAGCGGAUAGAGCGUUGGUUGUUUUCAGGAAAAUGUGUUUAAGUGGUGUAUUGCCUAAUGAUACGACUUAUGUGAGUGCCCUAAACUGCUGCAGUAGCCAGCACUUUCGAUUGCUUGGGGAGUCCAUCCAUGCGAAAGUGAUCCAGAGAAAGUUUGAUUCUGAUGUCUAUGUCGGUAGUGCUUUACUUGACUUUUAUGUUAAAUGUGAUAAAUUGGAUGAUGCUAAUGUUUGCUUUGAUGAAAUAUCCGAGAAGAAUGUGGUUUCUUGGAAUACUUUGAUGUUGGGUUACUCGAGUAAAGGUUCCUCUUAUGCUAUUUCACUGCUUCGACAAAUGAUUCACUCGGGUUGUCAUCCAACUGAAUUUUCUUUUUCUAUUGUUGUGAAAUCGUCUAAGCUCUUGGAGAUACUUCAGCUCCAUUCCAUGUCCAUAAAAAUGGGUUACAUUGAUAAUGAUUAUGUCUCUAGCAGUCUCAUUUCUUCAUAUGCAAAAAAUAGUUCAGUUGAUGAUGCCCUAAAGUUUGUCACUACCAAUGACAUGCCGCUUACUGUUGCUGCAUCCAAUGUGAUUGCAAAUAUUUAUAACAGAAACGGGCAAUUUGAUAAGACUCAAGAGUUGUUUUCUGACCUUGAAAAUCCGGAUACUGUAUCUUGGAAUAUUUUGAUUGCAGCCUGUUCUCGAAAUGGUGAUUACGAAGAAGUUUUUGAACUUCUUGGUCACAUGAGGAUAGCUAGGGUCUCUCCUGAUAAAUACACAUAUGUUAGCCUGUUUAGUGUUUGCACCAAGCUUUGUAACCUCGGUCUAGGUAGUUCACUUCAUGGCCUUAUUAUUAAGACUGAUUCUAACCGUUGUGACACAUUUGUCUGCAAUAUCAUGAUUGACAUGUAUGGAAAAUGUGGAAGUCUUGCUAGCUCUAUCAAGAUCUUCAAUGAAAUGACAACUAGAAAUGUGAUCUCAUGGACAGCCAUUGUUUCAGCCCUUGGACUGCACGGUUAUGCAUACAACGCAUUGGAGAAAUUCAAGGAGAUGGAUAUGACAGGGAUUAAACCUGAUAAGGUUGCUUUCGUAGCUAUGCUUUCAGCAUGUAGACACGUUGGAUUAGUGAAAGAAGGGAUGGAAUUGUUCGGACAGAUGAAAGGGAAAUAUGGGAUAGAACCAGAGAUGGAUCACUAUCUUAUCGCAGUGGACUUGCUGGCUAGGUAUGCCUAUCUGAGAGAAGCCGAGCAGUUGAUAACUGGAAUGCCUUUCCCUCCAAAUGCUCUAAUAUGGCGCAUUUUCUUGGAAGGCUGCAAGAAAAAGAGAAGCAUAGACGACUCUCGCGCUCUUGCUUCAUAAAAUAUUCUCAAGCAAUGUAUCCUCCUCAAUCUUCCUUUAUAUUACCUAAUAAUACUGGAAUGACUUUUUCUGCUUUUCAAAAGUUUGUUGAUAAGGAUGUUGGAAAAAUAACUGUUUCUGAAAUAAAUAACCUUAUCACGCAAAAUAAUUAUUUGAGUCUUUAUGUUAAAGUUUUAGGAGAACAUAUUUCUUCUCUUGAUAAAAAACUUGACGAAUUAAUUGAGUUAGUUAAAAAACUUAGUGAGCGAAUGGAUUCCUCUAACAUUCCUUCUACUUCCGAAACCAAAGAAGAAGAAGGAUAUAUUUUAUCGCAACCUUGUAUCCAAAGACCGCCUGAAAUUGAAGGAUUUGAAAAAUUUCUCAAUUUGAUC